GGGGUGGCCGAUAGCGGCACGUGUGCACUUCCGGGCGUCAGCACGUGGUGGUGCCGACGCAGCUGCGUAGCGUUGGACGGUCGCCGGGAAUCGUCGUAGUGCGGUGCCAUGGCGUCUCGGUAUGACAGGGCGAUCACUGUCUUCUCCCCAGACGGACACCUUUUUCAGGUGGAAUACGCCCAGGAAGCGGUGAAGAAAGGAUCCACCGCGGUUGGAAUUCGAGGCACCAAUAUAGUUGUGCUUGGGGUAGAAAAAAAAUCUGUUGCCAAACUUCAAGAUGAAAGAACUGUGAGGAAAAUUUGUGCCCUUGAUGACCACGUGUGCAUGGCUUUUGCAGGACUGACUGCUGAUGCCAGAGUAGUGAUAAACAGAGCUCGUGUGGAAUGUCAGAGCCAUAAGCUUACAGUGGAGGACCCAGUUACUGUGGAAUAUAUAACUCGCUUCAUAGCGACUUUGAAGCAGAAAUAUACCCAGAGUAAUGGACGAAGACCUUUUGGUAUUUCUGCCUUGAUUGUGGGUUUUGAUGAUGAUGGUAUGCCAAGAUUAUAUCAGACUGAUCCUUCUGGUACUUACCAUGCUUGGAAGGCAAAUGCAAUAGGCCGAAGUGCUAAAACUGUUCGAGAAUUUCUAGAAAAGAAUUACACAGAAGAAGCUAUAGCAAACGACAAUGAAGCUAUCAAAUUAGCAAUUAGAGCUUUACUAGAAGUUGUCCAAUCUGGUGGAAAAAACAUUGAACUUGCUAUAAUAAGAAGAAAUCAACCUUUGAAGAUGUUUAGUGCUAAGGAAAUUGAAUUACAAGUAACUGAAAUAGAGAGGGAAAAGGAAGACACAGAGAAGAAAAAAUCAAAGAAGACUGUCUAGUUCUUAGGAUGACCAUGGGAGCUUUUAAUGUUUUGUUGUACUGCUUGGAAUUGUUCAGUAAAGUUUUAGGGAAAAUAAGUUACUUCUUAGUUGUGUGCUGUUUUGAGAAUGUAAGAUUUGUGGCUGUCUUCAUUCUAUUACAUAUUCAAACAUAGGUUAAGGAAAUUUCAGUAAUUGUCGAAAGC